AUGAAAAUUUACAGAGCACAAAAAGUAUUUAUAAUCCUGUUAACUCUACUUCAUGCAGUCUUGUCCAAAGGCGGCGGAGGCGGCAAAGGAGGCAGCAUAGGCGAGGGAGGAAGUAGCAGUAGCAGCGGAAGUGGCGGAAAAGGAAGUGGAGGAAAAGGAAUGUCAUCGACCAGCGGGUACAGAGGAGGAGGAGGGCGUUCAUGGGUCUUCUUCUACUACUCUGGCGGUGGCAAAUCAGGCGGAUAUGGUGGUUCUUCAAGCGGAUCCGGCGGCUAUUAUUCAAGCUGGACGUUCUUUUACUAUUCUGAUGAUGGCAGACGGUACUGUGGCGGUUGGUGCAUUGUGACUUGCACUGCCGGUGGACUCGGCAUCCUAGCCGCAUUGAUAGUCUGCUGUUGUCGCUGUCGUUGUUCCUGCUUACGACGGCGGAAGCGAAAUAAAGUAUCGAUCGAAAAUCCAAUGAUUCAAGAUUUCUACAAACAAAGAUUAUCGGCAGAGACACAACCGCCAACGCAUCCAUUAUUAAAGACAUAUCCUGAUAGUCAAGUUAACAUCAGCAGUGAUCUUCCCGGAUACAACGCAGUCCCACCUGCACCGGAACCUAUACACUGGCAUGGAAAGAAAAACGACGCUUCGCCAGAGUCGUUCGCUGCUGGUGAAGAGUUUACAAGAGCAUACCCGCCUCUAGAGAUGUUACCUCCCGCCGACCAUCUAGAGUUCAUUAAAAACAGGGGUGUGCACGCUUGGAGAUUGUCUUAUGAAACGAGUGCGUUGCAAAACCUGGCGACUAUUACAAAAGAUGGUCUCGGUGCUAAAUUUCUCACAAAGGGUGAUGUUACCGUCCAAUCGAACUAUCCAUUUUUCAGUUUGUCCGAAUCCCAAUCAGGCGUUCUGCAUUACUUUGAAAUAACGGUGCUUUCCAACAAGUCUCCUGCUUCCACCACGAUUGCAAUCGGUCUCUGUACUAAACCAUAUCCCUCUUUCCGCUUACCCGGAUGGAAUCUUCACUCGGUCGGAUAUCAUUCUGAUGAUGGACAUAAAUUCAAUGAUGCAUACGGCGGCAGAGAAUACGGUCCCUCGUGGGGUGCAGUUGGAGAUACUAUCGGUUGUGGAUAUUACGCGGAUACCGGGUUUGUGUUCUUUACGAAAAACGGGAAAUUUCUUGGAAAUGCAUUCACUGGCAUAAGACACGUAUGGUUUCCGAGUAUUGGCGCUGAUGGUAAAUGCGAAGUUGAUGUUAACUUUGGAUCGAGGACAUUUGUAUAUUCGGGUGCUAAUGCACUCGAUCGCUCACCUAUACCACGAGCAGUAUACAAAUACUCUGAUCUAGACUACCUCGUCUCAUCAACGACCACAUUAGCAGACGAAUUGACAUACGCGGACAUUGGAGCACGUUGUGAGAAAGAAUUUGGUUUUGAUCGAGGAGCAUAUAAUGCGACGGUCAAAGACUAUUCCAAGACAGGUGUCUCUAACCGAGACAAUUUUGAAACAGGCGCAAAAUCGGAAAAGACGGUAGACAAUCGGCCCGACUUGGACAGAUAUGCCAUAUUCCUUGCAUUAAAGCACGAUCUUUCCACUCAUCAUAUUGAUGAGAAUAUACAUAAUGAGAAAAACAUUUAUAAUGACAAUAACAUUACCCAACAUUCUAUAUGUGACAUUCCAUCUCCGACUCCUCCUCUUUCUUCAUACCAGUCCAGACCGUUUGGACUAGCAUCUCCUCACUUUCCACAUCAUUCUUCUAGUCGCUCUUGUAUCAUGCCCUCUUAUCAUUCCUCUCCCAACUCGUCUCAAUCUUUUUAUCUUCCUGGCAAUAGUGCCGCAAACUUGUUUGGCAACCGGAACGCACUAUAUGAUACUGAUGAAUCGCAUCGCAUAGUCUCAAAAUGGCUGUUCUUUUUCGGAUUUUUGAUUAUGCCUUGCUGGUGGGUGGGGGCGAUAUACGUUGUCAAGGAGCCGACACCCGAUGAUUAUAAAUGGAAAAAAUUAUGUAUUAAUGCGAGCAUUUGGGGACUUGUGGCGCUUGCUGCUAUCGGGGUGAUUUGGGUAUGCCUUCAUCCGACUGCGUUUGGGUCAAAAUAG